AUGGGCCACAAGAAUUCAAAGUAUCCUAAAUUAAUAUACAAGAUUAACAAAGCUGCUAAUGAUAAAUUACAAAAUUCUGAAUGCCCUCAACUAAAUAAACACGAUGACCUAUACUUGGAUAGAAUGCAAGUGUUGCAUAACGUUAUGAGAUGUAUUAGUAAUGGGAACUUUAAAGCUCCAAUAGACGAAAAAUUGUUAGAAGGUAGUGCUGUAGUAUUGGACGUCUGGUGGGUUUAUACGAAAUUGAAUGUCACUUGUGGCACAGCAACAUGGCUAUCUGAGAUGGCAUCCGAUUAUCCAAAUUCAACAUUUAUAGGAAUAGAAAAGAUUCAUACUCUGUACCCUGAUCAAAAGCCAAGGAAUAUUAGAAUAAUUCAAACAGAUGCUUUAGAAAAAUUUCCUUUUCCAGACAAUACGUUUGAUUUUGUUUAUUCUCGGCUAAAUUUCUUCGCAUUCAGCGAAUCACAGUGGAAAAAUCAUUUAAUUAAAGAAUAUAUAAGGGUGCUCAAACCUGGUGGUUACCUAGAAUGUGUUGAAGGUGAUAUAAGAGCUGAUAAUCCCGGUGCUGUUACAGAACAAUUGCGUGUUGUAGUUGAAAAUAUAUUGAGCCAGAGUGGUCGAAGUCUUACCCUCUUUACGAAAUUCGGUGAAAUGAUAGAAUCCCAGCCACAAAUGGGUAAGGUCACUAAAACGGAACUUACCAUGCCUAUAGGAUCGUGGGGAGGUCAAAUAGGUGAACUUGGUCUGGCUAUAAUGUUACACAUGCUUUCCGGAAUGCAAAAAGGAAUAAUGCAUUACAUGAAACUUAAUGAGAAAGAUUUGGAUAAACUUUGGGAUGAUUAUAAAACCGAA